UAAAUAAAUAACUCCCCUGUUUUUCCCUCCAUCAAUAUUUUCUUCUCUCUUUAUAUAUAUGUCCCUUCCUACUUCCUCCCAAGGUCGUUUUCUCUUUCCCGGAACGUUCCAUUGAUACACAUAUAUAAUUUAUUUACAUGGCGGCCUAUAGAGAGCUCCACUGCGCCACCAAACCAAACCAGAUUACUACAGUUUUCUUCUUCAAUUCGAGUCACUAAUUUGAUGGAAACAGGGAACUCAAGCAACAACAGAAAUCAAGAGGGUCAUGAGAAUCAGCAAAUUCAGGGGAAGAAGGCACCAAAACAGAGCAAGGAGCCUUUGAAGGUGAAGUAUAUUUCCAGCCCAGUAAUGGUGAAUGCCAAAAACGCUUCAGAGUUUAAGGCAAUAGUUCAAGAACUCACUGGCAAAGAUCCCAUCGAUGACCAUCAUCAUCAGAGAAGCCUGCCGGAGAACUUUUCUGGCAACGCUCCAAAUGCGACGGAGUUUAAUUAUCAACUGCCCGGAAAUGAUGGUGUAAGGAAUGCUCCAAAUGCGAGCUAUGAAUUUGAUGGACAAGCUUAUCGUUCAAACAGUGGUGCCAUUGAAGUUGAAGACGAUGUGUUCUGGAAAUUGCCUGAAAGCUUAUCGAGAUACGAUUUCCCUUUUGGUUAACGUUGUAUAUGCCGGUAAGGCCCGUAACUAAUGAUAUUAUCAUAGUACCGGUGGGCAGUUUGUAAUGUUUAUAACUAAUAGUUUGAAUAAUCUUCUUCUUCUUCUUCAUAGUUCGCAUUAUUAAUAAGAAAUCCGUUCCUCAAUCCUCAUCAGUCGAUUAAGAUCCUCAAAAUUCCAACGAACCUAGCUUUGAGCUGUGAGCACUUAAUUCAUUUGGCCUCAACUAAAGUCAUUCGUUAAUCCAUCUUCUUUGUACCUCCUGGGUGUUCUGAACAAUGAUGAACCCGGAAAAAAAUGUAACACCUCGGACUGCACUACGAAUUUUGGGAUGUUAAAAUCAUGUAGAUUAGUUGCAUAUCUUCACGUUUUGGCAUCGUGUGAUGAUGGUGAGUGUUCUACUAAAUAAGGGAAGAAAGUAACAUUUGCAACUUCUGGGAAUUGGCUCAUUUUGUACUUUGUUUAAUUUCACUAAAUUGCCCAAAUCGUCCCUGCAUAUUAAGCC